AUGGAUCGCAGCUACAGAAUCGUCGAAACUCCAAGAAUGCGAGCUCAAAGAAGCGAGAAAACCCCUUAUGGUCGAAUGGAUACCGCCGAUACUUCCAUUGGGGAUGUCGCUGAGAACUGGGAAAAUGACGAGGCUAGUGAGAGUAUGGAAAAGCAGCUCAGCGAGCGUUUUAAACAGAUUCGCAUUCUACAGCGAGCCCAGGCGGAUAAAGAGGCUCGUAAAGAAAAGGCGGCUAAAUCUCAGGAGGAAGCAAGGUUAAAUCCAAGUCUAAUACCCACUCCAUCCGUCACACCGGCUGGACCUGGAGGGGCUCCACCUGCCCCUGUUAGAAUUCUUCGGCGUCCUGAGAGCAGUGAUAAAAUGAGAGAAGAAAAGUAUCAGGCGCAACGUGCUAAGGCCGAAGAAGCAGCGAAAAAUCAGUUGACACCGGAGCAAAAAGAAGCAUUAUAUGUGAAAGCGCGAGAUCGAAUCAUGGGGCCAGAGUACAAGCCUGACAAUUCUCAAAACGCUCAAAAUGUGGCUAUCAUUCGCAUUCUACAGCGAGCCCAGGCGGAUAAAGAGGCUCGUAAAGAAAAGGCGGCUAAAUCUCAGGAGGAAGCAAGGUUAAAUCCAAGUCUAAUACCCACUCCAUCCGUCACACCGGCUGGACCUGGAGGGGCUCCACCUGCCCCUGUUAGAAUUCUUCGGCGUCCUGAGAGCAGUGAUAAAAUGAGAGAAGAAAAGUAUCAGGCGCAACGUGCUAAGGCCGAAGAAGCAGCGAAAAAUCAGUUGACACCGGAGCAAAAAGAAGCAUUAUAUGUGAAAGCGCGAGAUCGAAUCAUGGGGCCAGAGUACAAGCCUGACAAUUCUCAAAACGCUCAAAAUGUGGCCAUCGUCAGUAGGUGUAAAUCACCGGAGCAGAUACGAGUGCCUCGCUUUACUGACCUACCACUUGCUGGAACGAUGAGUGGUCCUUCUCUUGAUGGAACAAUGGGUGGGCCGAUUAUGAUGUCUUCAAUGGGUACUGUGCAGGCUGUCGUUCCCACUUCUGCAGUUGGUACACCAAUAGCGCCGACACAACAGUCUUCACAGCAGAAACCAACGUCGCUGUUAGCAAUGUCAUCACCACCAAUGGGCAUGCCGGUCCAGCAAGUGAAUCCGAUUGCUCAGCAAGGAAGAAGUCAGCAGGUUGGCGUAAUUGGUCAGCAGCAGGGUGGCGUAGUCACAGCGCCUCAAGCUCCACAGACCAUAAACGCUUAUUCGCAGUACGUCAUUGCCCAGCCUCAACAACACAUACCGUACACAAUGGCGAUGGGUGCAAAACAGUCAAUGGUUCCGUAUAUUGACACGACGAGACCUCCUCCAGCUAUGACCAUGCCGUCCAUGUCAGCUCAUGUGAAUCCUCAGCAAAUACCAGCGGGUCUGCCUGUUCCUCUACCUCCUGGUGUUGGACAAAAUUAUUACAAUCCGCAGAAUGUUAUACCGAACCCUGUGCAUCAUCAAAUGCGACAGAGUAUAUCACAGCAACAACAACAACAAAGCGGUAUACAGUACGGGCCUCCGGUGAUGUCAAUCUAUCCGCCGGGGAGUUUAUCAGCUGCAAUGAGAGGAGAUCCGAGCGCAAGUCCUACAGUAUUGGUGGGCAAUCCGCAGCACCAGAGAAAAGGUAGAAGGAGUCGAAACAAAAGGGAAAAUCAAUAG